GGAUGAGAUGAUGUCAUACGUAAUCCAUUAUAUAUGUUUCAUGGUUUGAAUAGUUCAUCAUCUAAUAUUAAAUCAUGUUGAAAUUUGUUUCAACUCUUGCAGUUGCAAUUGGUGUAGCUUUAGCUAACAAGGAAUUGUUCAGUUUACACAAAGACUUAAUUAUCAGACCUUCAAUCACCAGAAAUGAAACCUUGGCUGUUGAUUUCUUAAUUGAAUUACAAGAUGUUAUCAAUCCAAACGUCGAUAGAUCAAUAAGGAGACAAAAUUUAUUCGCAUACCUCGAUAAUCCAGAAGAUGUUAAGAUCUUAUUAAAUUCACAUAUAGAUGUCCUACCACCGUAUUUUGAAUACAAAGAAGCUGUAGACGACCAAGGUCGUGAAUUGAUCUAUGGACGUGGUGCAAAUGACGCCAAAGGUCAAAUCGCUGCACAAAUUAUUGCAGUCGAAGAAUUGAGAAAGAAGAAUCAGGAAAUUGUUAAAAAGGUUGGCUUUUUAUAUGAUCUGGGCGAAGAAGGUCUCUAUGAUGGCGCAACUUCUGCUCAAGAGAUACUACCACAGAAUUUAGAAUAUGUUAUUGCAGGUGAACCAACUGAAUUAUUUCAAAUUAGCUCUCAUAAAGGCAAUAUGGGCUUUGAGAUCAGAGCUAAAGGUUUAGCUGCGCACUCUUCUUCACCGCAUUGGGGUGUAAAUGCGAUUGAGAAACUUUCUGAAGCUAUUUUGAAACUCGAGAGUGUGGCUUUACCACAGGAUAAAAUAUUAGGUGAUACAACAACGGCGGUAACUAAAAUUAAAGGUGGUACAGCUGUGAAUAAGGUACCAGAUGAAGCGACUGCAUACGUAAACGUUAGAACCUCAGUACCCUCAGAAGAAACUUGGAAAGCACUUAAGGAAUCAGGAUUGGAAUCAGAAUGGAUUGAUUUAAUCUUGGUGGAUGAUUCUCAUGAUCCUGUUACCCUUGACACUAUAGAAAACUGGAGACCAAGCCAAACAAUGCCAGUCGGUACGGAUCUAUUCGCAUGGAAGCAACCAACAGUUAAGAAGAUAUUGAUCGGUUGUGGCUCGAGUGGAAGUGCUCACAAAUUAGAUGAACAUAUCUAUAAGCAGGAACUAUUAGACGGAGUUGAUAUGUAUGUUGAAUUGGUCGAAGGGCUUCUAACUGGAAAGUUGAAAGUUGCAGGUGAACAUACUAAGCAUGAAAAGGACGAAUUGUAAUGAUUAAAUAAUGAUUAAAUAAUGAUUAAACGCGGUGAUUAACUAUUCUGCCCAAUUAAGCUCGACCUUUUACAACAAUACAACCACUGCUAGGCUGACGGUCGAUUUUCCAACCAUCGUUUUCCAGCAUCCUUGCGAUUUGUGGGAAUAAUACAGGUUGUUUACCAGUCGAGUGCAAACCGACACCAGUAAUGAAAGUUAAUUGAUUAAGUUUUGUGACUUCUUUGUUAAGUAUGGGCCUCUUCGACCACCAUCUAUGUACGCAAUCGUGGGCAACCGCUAAAGCUUCUUUUGCAGUUAAGUAAUGUAAAUCAAUUUUAUCGUUUUGAGAGUUUGAAGAUCGCGAAUUCGUGUAAGCUUUGGCCGCUUUGAUUGCCCAUUCAUCUGCUAAUUCACCGAAUGUGGCAGCUUCUUGAGAUUUCAUCAGAGAAGCUUGACCACCUGCGUUAACCUUCCAAGAUUUGGAAGCUUUGAAUAUUCUACUGGCUUCAUUCAGAGCUAGUUGCUUUUUAUCUCUAUACUCUUGCUCCUUUUGACGACAGAAGUCUUCGGUUUCAAUCUCAGUUGAUGUAGAUUGAUGGGUAGUUGUGUUUAAAUGUGAAGUGCGCAGACCAACCUGUGGUAAGUGUGGGUAUAUAGGUUUCUUAUUAUUAUUACUAUUAUUGAGCUUUUUAUUGACUUUGACCCAGUUGGUGUUCACCUUCUGCCGCUGUUUCCUUUGUUGUUGUUGUUGCUGAUAAGUUGGCUGCUGCACAGAUACUUCGGAGGAUUCCACGUUUGAUAAAGUGGAUAGUACGUCUUCUGCAUCUUGUACUCUGUUGUUGCAAGCUUUUAAAAUUAGCCGGCAUUUGUCUAGCUGUUGACUUCCUGUUAAUGCUAAUAAUAACUCCAAUGAAUUAUCAUCUAGAGUGUGAUCAAAGGUUUCCAAAUAAUUGUAUAUAGCUUCUGAUAAUGUUAAGCUACUAUGUGACUCUAAUAUUGCAACUAAAUAGUUAUUCAUCUCGGAGUAUUCAACGUUUAAUUGUUUAUAUAAAUUGGAUAUUAAUGAGUCUACGACUAUCCACUCAUCGUUUGUAUCUUUAAUUGAAAGGUUUUCUAAUAUUUCAUCUAAAUCUGAAUUAUAUUCAUUAUAAAUUAAACCAAUUAACGUAGAAUCAACGGAUGGAUAUUUUUUCUAAAUAAUUAUAAUCAUCUAAACUUAAUUU